AUGUUUUAAUAAUCCUAGUUCAGCGAAUAAAAAAAUCAAUCAGGAUUCAAGCAAGGAGUGAAUUAUAAUGAACAAAUCACAAAUAUGACCAUUAGAAUGAUGAAAAAACUCAAAAUAUCUACCACUGAUAAAAACGAGAUCCUUUUCCUUGAUAAACCAAUCACAUUAAUUCAAGUUGUAGCUCGUGUAGAAUAAACUUAAGAUAGCGAUGGCAAAGGAUCUAUAGUUAUCAAUGAUGAUAGUGGUUUUGAAAAAAUUAGCAUACUAUUUUCUGAAGGUGAUUAUGUCAGAGAAAUGUUUAAUAUUGUAAAUAAUGAAGAGCCAAAAACAUCUUAUUUUUAAUUUUUGUUAAGAACUAGAAUUCGCAAAGACGGUAUAUGCUUUGACAUUAUGAACAUUAAAAAAGUAAAUCAAAUUGGUUAAGUAAUAUCACAUAUGCUUAAUAUUAUACAAUAAAAAAUUAAAUAAAAUCAUAUCAGAAAUCCAAAUUUUAUGUAAACAAGUACAUAAAUAGUAGAAGAGGAAUAGAUUAAACCAUCAUAAUAAAGUUUGUCAACCAAAGUAACCAAUUUUAAAUAUUACAAUAGAUUUUAAAUUUUAUCAAAUAGUUUGGUGAUGCUAGUAUCCCUCAGUAAAAGAUUUUUAAUAUGUUUUCAGAUCAACAUGUUCUAUAAGAAAUUAAGUAUUUAAUUCUCGUAUUUAAAGAUUAUCAAUAAAGCAAUUAUGCGAAAAUGGAAAUAUCUAGUAAGGAGAAGGUGUAAAUACAUAUAUGUUAGUUGAUUGA